GAGAAAUGAAUCUUCGAAUCGCGUGAGGUAGAAAAUACGGAAGUGACGGUGGUUGUGGUGGGAUCGUCUGCCUCCUCCGCUUGCUGGAAAGAUUUACCGGUUGCGGCAUUAAAAUGCUACGAUUAACCUCCAGGCUUAAUUCUCAUGUAACAUCGAAGGUUGUCCGAGCAGGAGGUGGACGACGGUUACAAUCCACCUACUCAGGAGGUGGUGGAGGUAGUGGCAAGGUAUUAAUAGGAGCGGCUGUAGCAACAACUGGAGUUGCGGGUGUUGUUGGCUACUCAUCUUGGAGCCCUGAAAAUAGAAAGGGUGUCGAAAAGGUCAUUCCUGGUUCUAGCAUUGUUCUGGGGAAAAUCCUUGGACCCUUGCCUGAGUCGGAACCUCCAAAACCUCCAAAGCCUGAUGUAGGUUUAGUGCGCAAGAAGCUUGAACGUGAAAAGAAGAAGAAGAAAGAUGAGCCUGAAAUUGAAGAAGCAAAACCAGAACCUGUUCCUGUUGUUGAAGAUGUCUCUCCUGCUAUCGAAUCUGUCCCAGAACCAGAAGGGGCUAGCACAGAAGCUGGUGAGACACAAAAUGUGGAUAAUACAAGCCCAAUUAUAGAUGAACAAGUUCCAGCUGACACCCUUGGAGGUAUUUCUCCUGAAAUAGUUGGAGGAGAGACCACUGCCACAGGAUUGACGAUCAUUUCAACACCAGGUCAUGAUACCAAGCCAGAAUCGAUCCCAGCCGCUUCUCUUGAAGAAGCGAAGCCAGCAGUGUCUGAUUUGGAGGAGAGGUUAGCAUCUGGUGAAGUAGCAGAAGGUGUUGAAAAUGCUGCUCUUGUGCAAACCCUUGAUGAUCUUGCAGCACUCGCUCAAAAUCAGAUUACUUCUGCGUUGGUAGCUGCAGAAGAUGCUGCUGUCAUCAUUCGAAAGCAUGCAGAAAAGGCUUACCAGGCCAUAGAUGCUGGUCAGGAUAAAGAACUGCUGUUUGCUGCUGUUUCAGAGUUGUCAGCAAAGAGAUCAGAAGUUGUUCAAGCUGCCCAAGAAAAGAUUGCUGCAGCUGUGAAUACUAUAGAACAACUCAAGGAACAAAUUAAGAGUGGUUACGAAUCUAAACUCACUAAAGACAACAAAGCCAUCAUAGCUGCUGAAGAAAAAUUAGGAGACCUGAAGUAUGCUGUAGAGAACAUCAAAGCGCUUAUAUCUGAAUCAGAACGUGAUGGGAAAGUUGUCAGUGAUUAUAAGGAUCUCAUAGAAUCUGGACGGGAACAGUUUGAGACUGAAUUGAGGUCACUGUUACCCGAGGUGAAAUUGGGAGAGACGAGUGAUAAGUUGACAACAGACGAAUUAAAUCUCCUCAUAGCACAUGCUCAUAGGAAGGUUUUACAACUUCAGAAACAAGUUGCCAGACAACAGUCUAUUGAACACGACCGGUUCAAAGAGGCAUUAACAAAGCAACGUGAUGAGGACACUAAAAUACUGGAGGCCAAGAUUGCAGCUGAGUUGGAGAAACAAGGUCAAGAGUUGGAAGUAGAAUACAGACGAAAAGUUGCUCAGCUCCGUGAAGAUUUAGAGGGCGAGUUGAGGGCACAGUUGAAACGGCAGGCUGCAGCACACAGUGAUCAUUUAGCUGAUGUUUUGUCAGUACAAGAGAAAGAGUUAGAAACCAAAUGGUUAAGUCUUUUGGAUGACGAGGUUCAUAGUGUCAAAACUAAGUACUUAACAUCACUUUCAGAGGUUCAAGGACAGCUUGAAGGUCUCAAGAAUGCAAUGACUGCACGUGCAGAUGUAGACAAAGCAGCAUAUGCUGCAAGGGAGUUGUGGUUAGCUUGUGAAUCUUUAAGAAGUGCACUCAGGCUUGGUGCAGAGCAGGCUAAGUCUUGGGAAGAACAGCUGAAGCCCCUUAGUGACCAUGUCAAAGCUAUAAAAACUGCUGGAGGUGAAGCAAAUCCUUACAUUACUGCGGUCUUAAAUGCGAUUCCUGAAGAAGCUGUGGAACGAGGUGUAUAUACUGAAGAGGCAAUAAAAGAAAGGUUUAUAAAGGUUGAGCGAAUUUGUAAAAGAGUUUCCAUGGUUGGUGACAACGGAGGAUCGUUGCUAAGGUAUUUGCUUUCUUAUAUGCAGAGCUUUUUGAUCCUAAAUGCAUUUGAAUACUUACCUGGUGCUGAAGUGAGAGAUGAGGAAAUUGCAGUAGACUCCCUUUCUACGUACGAGAUUCUUGCAAGGGCAAGAUACUGCUUGGAUAAGGAUGAUCUUCCAAUGAGCAUUCGUUACAUGAACCUCCUCCGUGGUGAACCACGUAAUGUUGCAGCAGGUUGGUUGAAAGAGGCCAGGUUGACUUUAGAGGCUCGUCAAGCAGCUGAUGCUUUGCUGGCACAUGCUGCAGCCACUGCUGUGAAGGCCCGAUAGAACAGUUUGGAUGAUAAGUUAUCUUAAGUUAAAGAAGAAUAGCAGUAGAUAAGGCAGUAGCAGGACGAUGAUGAGGGAGAAGGCCCAGAAAAUCAUGGAGAAGAACGUGUAACUUGGUCAUUGGAAAACCUACUUAUAGCAUUAAAAAUGAUGGUGAUGACUAUGAUGAUGACAUCAAAAAAUGAAAUUUAGGAAUAAAAACUUGUAAUAAAAGAAACACUUUCAGCAUAUGCACAUGAAAGCUGAUUUACUUUUUAAUACUGGGAAAAUCUUAUGUAAUGAAAUAUGAAUUUAAUUUCUAAGGGCUGUGGGUUUUUUUUAUAUACUAUGGAGAUUAUAAUUUCAGAUUAACACAUUUUUCUUUUUGUUAAAGAAAUAAAAAUUUUUAGCCUGUAAAUUGUUAUAAAAUUGCAUGUUCCAAGUACAAAAAUUACGGAAAGAAUUUUAAAUAUAUAUUAUAUAAUGAAAUACUGCAUUUUGAAUCAUAGAUAUUGGAUGCUGGUUGAAGAUUUUGGGUGAGAAAGGAGAGAGAGCCAAGUGAACCUGUAUCAGAUUGUGAAAAUCUUUAAUUGUUACAAGUUUGAGAUGAAUGGAUUAUAAACAGGAUUGGUAGUCCAACAGUGUGGGUUUACUUCUUCUCUUUUAUUUACAAUGCAACUAACUUUCUCUGGGAUAUAAGGGACAUUUCUUUUAUAUACAGCUUGUUAAGAACAUGUGAAAUAUGUACAUAUUGUUCAUAUUCUGUAAAAGAUUAAAGUGCAAAACGUU